GGAAACGCCGCCGCGGUGGCUCAAUUGGUAGAGCAUCGCACGCGACAUGCGAAGGUUGUGGGUUCGGUUCCCACCUGCGAGUCGCGGACAUGUGUGCCGGCGAAGCUGCAUUUGUGCAGGAAGGAGAUGGAGGCAGCCCCGACGCCGUGCCGCCCGAAGCGACUGUGUUCGGACUGCCCGUAAGGCGACUGCAGGCUUCCGCCACCAUAGUGCUCAUCGCCAGCGUGGGCAUAGCGGCUUUCUUUUACUUCCAACCGAAGCACGAGCGAUCCAGGGAGGCGAUCCGCCACAAGGAAUGCGACACCGAGGGAUGUCGGAAGCUGCGACUGUUCCUAGAGUCCACUGUGAACAGGUCCGCCGACCCGUGCCGCGACUUCUUCAGUUUCACCUGCGCAGCGCCACUGAAGAAGGAGAGGAUGUCGCAGAUGAGCGACGACGCGCGCGCCAAGGUCAUGGCCAUGGUGGCCGCUGCAGACGUUCCCGACAGAGGCCAGAGCGCUUUCGAAAAGGCCGUGGCCAUGUACCGGGCGUGCGUGUCGCUCUACUCCCAAAACCGGUCGGAAGCCGAGGAUCUGCGCGGCUUCCUUUUCGGGCUCGGGCUCAACAUCGCGGAGGCGGAUCCCUCGCGCGACCCGCUAGACGCCAUGGUUCAGCUCAGCCUGGCCUGGAAUAUACCGGCCAUAGUGUCUAUCAGUGAGGUCGCUGGCUCCAGGCUCGACUACCCGCACGAGAUGACUUUUAGUGAGGUAGAAAGCGACUGGUACCAGGAGCGUCAAGGACGUGUCAUCAACAAUACGUACGAGAGCCUCGUCGAGAAGCAUCUGCGAUUUCUCUUGCCCAAUGAAGAUUUGUCCUCUAUUGAAGCGAUUAAAGAAAACGUCACCAGGACAGAAGCCAAAGUUGUGAACUAUCUCUUGGACGAGUUUAAAGCAGCAAAUGACCAGCAAGUUUCCCAAUACCUUAUUCGCGUUAUAGAGGUGCCCAAAUAUCUCAACAACGUCGUAACAACUGACCAAUGGACAUCUAUGGUCGAACGCCACAGCGAAAACGCCUACCGCAUGGAUGACCAGUUGGUCCUCGAGCCACUGGGAGGCAUGCUGACGGUAUUCCUGCUCACCGAACUGGAGAGCAUCGACGUGGUGCGCCUGAUUUCGUGGAGCGCGCUGCGCCAGCUCGUCCCCUACGCCGACGGCACGACUCACGGGGGGACGCUUGAUAAAAUACGCAGCUCAUGUUACGACGACGUCGCCGACGUGCUUGAGGCGGGGCUCACGUCCAAGUACAUCUACAAGGUGGUGACACCUGACGUGCUUCGAGAGGCGAUGUACAUGGGUUUCCAUGUGCACCAAAUUAUAAAGGAAACCGUCGCCGGUUCGAGCUGGUUCUCGUCUGACGCCAAGGAUGUUGCCCGGAAGAAGGUGGAAGCGCUGAGACUGAUCAUAGCGUUCCCACUCAACUUGACACGCCUCGCAGCGCUGGAGCGCCUUUACGCCGAUCUGCCGGACGUGGCCUUAACAGACACCUUCGGAAUCAACCAGGGCGCUCGCGGCACCGGUAGGAGCUUCGUCCUGUCGUGGUUGAACGGGAGUCGGUUUGAGCGGCGCGUUCAAAUCCGGAACCCGACUGAGAUAUUCUUCCCAUUGGGCACGGUGAACGCGCAGCACACCUACGCCACCGACACCGUCAACCUGGCGGGCGCCUUACUGGAGCCAGUGAUCUACUACCACGGUGCACUGGCCGGGUACAACUACGGAGGCUUUGGGCAGUUAAUGGGCCACGAAAUAAUGCACGGCUUCGACGUGACCGGAAGAGUGACCGAUGAGAAGGGGCUGUCAAAGAACUGGUGGCCCGAGGAGGCGACGAAAAAAUACACAGAACAGACGUUGUGCCUGCGCUCUAUCCAUCGACAGGCGCUCAAGAAACGCGCGAUGGCGCUGGAUCCGAAGAUGGACUCGGAAGACCUGGCCGACGUCAUGGGCACGCGUGUGGCCUUCGACGCCUUUCGGAAGCUCACCGCGGCGCCCCACUCUUCCUCGAGCGCGGCUCAGGACGAAGGGGCCAUCGGGACCCGAGUGGCGGGCUUCACGGAACUCCAACUCUUCUUUCUGGGCCACUGCGCCAAGAUGUGCGACCCUAAGGUGCCACCCCGCGAGCGGGACCAGAGCGAGACGUACUCUCCGAACUGGUCCCGGUGCGUGGUGCCUCUGAUGAACAUGCCGGAGUUCGGCGACGCCUUCCAGUGCAAGAGUGGCAGUUUUAUGAACCCCGAGCAUAAGUGCAAGUUCUGGUAGCAAGCUCUAGCCGGCGAACUGGGAUGCGCUCCCCUCUAUCGCCGUCUCCAUAAGUUGACUUCCUUGUGUCAUGACGUGCGCUGUAAUUUUGAGCUCGUUCUGCAGCGCUCAAGUGCUUUAAUUUAUAAGGCGCACAAGUGAAAUUGACACCUCCCGACUCGACAGUGUGAUUGGUUGAUGCCCGCACACGUUAUCGAUUGCCGCAGAAAUUUUCUAGUCAUGCUUUAUUGUAUUUUUAUGGAAAACUAUAUGGCAGCAUCACAAAUAAAGCUAUACCUUAAACGAGUCGGCAAA